GUCGCAUCUCCUAAAUCAAUCAAUCACACAAAAUUGAAUCCUAAAAAUGGUAGCUUCUCUUUCCUUUCAUUCCAUCGCCACCGUUAAUCCAAUCUUCUCCGGCGAUGGUGGUCGUUCAAUCUUCCGGACUAAUCGCCGAUUCGAAGCAACUGGAGUGAGUUGCCGAGGACAGAAUCCUACUGACGAGCCACAGACAAGUAAAGGACCCGAGCCGGAUAAUGUUCUACUCAAAAUCGCUUGGUACGGAUCUGAGCUACUCGGAAUAGCUGCUUCUGUUUUCCGAUCUCCGGAGACUUCUCCGAUUGUGACAGGCUUUGAGGUUCCUGUUGAUUGUUCUGGUCGAGCCGUUCGUGUAGCUGUCGUGGACUCGAUUAAACAAGACUUUAAACGAUCCUACUUCGUCACAGGUAAUUUGACGCCGGAGGUUUAUGAGGAGAAGUGUGAAUUCGCUGAUCCGGCUGGAUCCUUCAAGGGUCUUGCUCGUUUCAAAAGGAAUUGCACUAAUUUCGGAAGCCUUAUCGAGAAAUCCAAUAUGAAGCUCAUGAAAUGGGAGAAUUUUGAGGUACGGUCAACUACUAAAAGAUGUCGGAGUAAAAGUUUCGUUUUUUGUUUCUCACCAGAGCUCCAUCAUGAGUUUUGCAGGAUAAAGGAAUUGGACAUUGGAAAUUUAGCUGUGUCAUGUCGUUUCCAUGGAAACCCAUUCUUUCAGGUAUUUAUUUUAUCAAGGAAACCUUAAAAGUUUUCAGAUUUUUGUAGCCUUUUUAGGAUAAAGUUUGCAACUUUAAUAGCUUCAAUGAUUAGUAAUGAAGACAAAAAGAACAAAACUUUUACUAUGUCUUUUUAUGGAAAUCUGUUUUUACAGCAACUGGUUACACGGAGUAUUAUUUCGACACAGAAUCCGGGAAAAUUUGCAGGCACGUGGAGCAUUGGAAUGUCCCUAAGAUUGCUCUGUUCAAACAACUUCUGAGACCCAGCCGUGGUUUAGUGGGGACACAAAACUAGCGCAGAUGAAGAAUGAUGUCAAUUUCAAAUUAGAUUUUUUUAACCGUAAAUAUAUGAAACUUGCUUCUGAAACUAAUAUGGGAUACUCUGCUCUUAGAGAUCUGUAAUGAAUCUAUUCAAGAUGACACAUAUAAACAUACUAUCACUGUCGC